UGUAUACAAUAUUUAAACAUUGAAAAUGUAAUUUUUCAAGUGCAUGCAGAGAAUUCAUUUGAAGUCAAUAUUUUUUAUAUUCACUGAUAGUUGCUGUGCAUAUCACCGGCUUGUAGCGUGCCGUUGCAGAUGUGCGUCACUAGGGGCCGACUCUGAGCAUAGAGCAGCAGCCUGUGGUUCCCCUCAUAUCCUUCAGUCUUGGAGUGGGUUCAGCAUCAGCGCACAUAUCUACCUGUUUUCCUCUCGUAAGGCAACGGCAUCUCGUUGGAUCUUCUACUUGUGGUAUUUGAACUAUUGAAAGGGACUAUUGGUGAGAAACAUGGAAUAACAGACGACAUCCUCUGAACGAGACGACUUUGGACCAAACGGGCACAAAUGGAUGAAGCACAUGGGAAACCAGGAGAAGAUGUCAUCUCCAUGGCUGAUUCAUCAGUCACACUUGAGGACAUUGAAGGGGAGCUGUUCAAAAUUGAGCGACUACGAAACGUCCUUGUGCGCAGAGAAUCAGAGCUAAGAUACAUGAUGGAUGACAUUCAGUUGUGUAAUGAAAUCACAAGGCUGAAGAGGGAGCUGCAGAAACUGGUCUCAAUUCCAGACAAAGACAAGUCCAAGGAGGACAGGACGAGGGAGGAGGAGCUGUUGCAGCAGAUCAACAAGCUGGUGGAGACCAGGGACUUCCUCGUAGACGAUGUGGAGUUUGAGCGGCUCAGAGAAAGAGAAGAAGACAGAGAAAUGGCAGCCUUUUUGCAGCCCAGAUUGCAAAAUAUUUUGGGGACAAAAGGUUCUCUACAAAAUCAGAAGGUGGUGUCCAAAUCUCAUCAUCCCGCAGCACCAUUAAUAACUAAAACUGGACUAACGCUGCUGAAAGACUGCUGCGGCUUCACGUGCGCCAUCAUGUAACACAUCCGUGUGCUUGCUUACACUUCACCGUGUACACAGCAACAGUUUUGGUGAGCCAAACUUGGUUCAUUUUAAGAUGUUAGUUGUGAUUUUACGGCAAGGAGAAAGUGUUAGUGGGUGAAGACAAAAGCAAGUUGUGAAAAUGGGCUAAGCAUGCAUUCAGAAAUAGAGAGAGUGCUAAAUUAAGAUCACCUCUAAAAGUUAGUCAAUACAUUUGAGGGGCUGUCUGAAAUUCCACUCGAAAGACGUGUUAUAAUGUCAUCAAAAUCUAAACUACACAAAUGUAGGUGUGCGUGGUAACGUGAUGUGGCAUGAAAAGAUUGCAUUAUCUUAAGGUGUUUGUCUAUGUACAAUCCAAACCAUCAUAUAUUAUGCAGUCUUGUUAAAUGACCACAGGGUAGAAGCUAAAUAAAGUAAAAUAAUAGCUGUUUAGCUGUGCAAUUAUCAUCACUGAUAUUAUCAGGUUUUAGGCUGUCAGUCAUUUUCAUUUUUGGAUUUCCAUUCAGUGCUAUUAUACUUGAGUAUCUUCCUGCAAAGUGAAUCUUUCAGUCAUUUGACAUUGUGUGCAGAAAUAAAGAUGUUUAUUAAAUUA